UCGUCGCGUUAGUCGGUUCUAUGGAAUAAUAACAAAAGAGCCUUUAUUGAGUUCGGUUGGAAUGAUUUUAUAAAAUAUAAAAAUUUAAAUAAUUUGUAUCUGAAUACGGAGUUCAAUAGUUUCUCCAACAAUUUUUUGAAAAAAUUUGCAUCGAAAAAGUGAAAACUCUGCCAAAGAAAACUCGCUUCUGGAAGAUUUUCAAUGAUGAAGAUCAUCAGUGAGGAAGGCAAAGAUCGUAUUUGAUCGUCAUCGUCGUCGUCUUCGUCUUCGUCAUAGCCAUUGGCUUUUGGUUUUAUUAUUUUUCCUUCAUUAUAGUUUAUCUACUCGUAUCUAUCCAUCAACCAACAUACACUUCCAUCUAAAACAACUGAAAAAAGAGAAAAUUAAAUAUAAAAAUAGUUGGAUUAAUAUAUUUUUAUUAUUAUUCUUGUAUGUGCCGUGGUUCGUGAGAGUGUAGCAUGUGUACAUAACGUAUUUGAAAAAUUAAGAAGAUACAAGAAAUGUCUAUAAAAGGAAGAAGUUAUAAAAUAAUAAAAAAUAUCUAAGUCUAAGAGAGAAGUGAUUAAGAUUGUUUUUCUUUUUUUUUGUACUUGGUGUUGUUGUUUUAGUUCUUUCUUUUGUGUUUGAUUUUUAUUAAAGUGUUGAAUUUAAAAAAAAAAACGUUCCUUCCUUCCUUCCUUGAGAGUGGUUAGUGGCAAGAUUAAAAUAAUUCUAUGUCCAUUAGAUACUCAGAUAUAAAAGGAAGAUCAUUCUCUACUUAACUCUAGCAUAGAAUCAUCCAAUUGAAAAUACAUAUUCACCUGUGGCUUUUAUCUGCAUAUACAUAUGGGAACAGGAUUCACCCAUCGAACAGAGAGUUAAGAUCUUUCCACACACUUGUGCUGAGACAUACCUCUUUUGAUUUGAAUUUGACAUUAAGACACCUUGAGCAUUACAAAGUCAAAGUCAAAGUCGGAGUCAUAUUUAAAGAGAGGAUCUGCAUCAUCCGCAUCCGGAAACAAAUAUCUGCCAUCUUUGGCUAGAAGACAGAACUGUGUUUUGCAAACAUAUACUUCAGAAAAGGUAAACAUCUAAGAAUUUGAAUGAGACUUCAACCUGUUUACGACAGAGGUUACUGCAGCAGCAGCGCCAGUGGGACGAGCAGCAUGCGAGAAGAGGAUAUUGAAAUUGCAAUCAAAGUUGUAAUUGUGGGGAAUGGUGGCGUUGGAAAGAGUUCAAUGAUACAACGCUACUGCAAGGGAAUCUACACAAAGGACUACAAGAAAACAAUUGGUGUUGAUUUCCUUGAGAGACAAAUCGAAAUUGAUGGUGAAGAUGUCAGAAUAAUGCUGUGGGACACAGCCGGCCAGGAGGAAUUCGAUGCUAUUACCAAAGCCUAUUACCGUGGUGCGCAAGCGUGUGUGCUGACGUUCAGUACAACAGAUCGAACGUCGUUCGAAGCCUUAAAGGAUUGGAAAAUGAAGGUAGAGAACGAGUGCAAUGAAAUUCCCACAGUUAUAGUCCAAAAUAAAAUUGAUCUUAUGGAUCAGGCAAUAGUUACUGCUGACGAAGUAGAAACUGUAGCAAGAAAUCUUGGCUGUCGACUGAUAAGAACCUCCGUCAAAGAAGAUGUCAAUGUGGCGUCAGUAUUUCGAUAUUUGGCGACGAAAUGUCAUCAACAAAUGACACAAUCCUACAAUACAGUUCUGCCUAUUGGCCAACCACAGAUAAGUCCCUUAAGUCCAACUUUUACAAAAUCUAAUGGAACAAUAAUUCUAAGGCCAGCAAAAAAAUCAUCCAAAAAGAAACUUGUAUUGAAAAAAUGUGGAAUACUUUGAGACAUAACAAAAAAAAAAAACAUAUUUAUGUUUAUUUAAAAUGCCUAAGUUAAAUAUUAUAAUUAUUUUAUUUUUUAUAUUGUUUUUUGUUUAAGAAUGUGAAUGAUUUAAGAUUUUAAUCUAAUAGAUAUUAUGUAGUAGAUUUUGUUUUUGAUUUUCGUUUAUGAAGUUCAUAAAAUACAGUAUUUAAGACGAAAUCAAUGAAAAAGAGUCAUAACUUAAUUUUUAAGAAU